AUGCAUCAAUCGGUUGGAUUUUGUGAUCCAGCUUAUCCUGAUUAUGUAUGCUUGUUGCGUAAGUCCCUGUAUGGACUUAAACCGGCACCCCGGGCUUGGUACCGGAGAUUUGCGGAUUAUGUUACAUCACUUGGGUUUUCUAACAGUAAGUCCGAUAGUUCUUUAUUUAUUUACCGAAAGGGGAAUGACAUGGCUUACAUUUUGCUGUAUGUUGAUGACAUUAUUCUCACUGCCUCUACACAUGAGCUUCGCCGCUCUAUAAUGGCGCAUCUUGCUUCUGAGUUUGCUAUGAAGGAUUUGGGUCCUUUAAACUAUUUUCUUGGCAUUGUUGUGACUAGGCAUAAGGGUGGGUUAUUUUUGUCUCAACGUAAAUAUGCUGAAGUUAUUAUAGAACGUGCUGGCAUGUCUUCUUGCAAGUCAACUUUUAAACCCAAGGUUAGUGCUACCUCAGGGUCCCCUUAUGAGGAUCCAACUCAUUACCGUAGCCUUGCAGGUGCUCUUCAAUACAUUCAAGGUACACUUACUCAUGGUCUUCAUCUAUAUCCUUCAUCUGUUGCUGAUCUUGUAUCCUAUACUGAUACGGAUUGGGGUGGGUGCCUUGACACCCGGCGUUCUACAUCGGGGUAUUGUGUAUUUUUGGGAGACAAUUUGAUUUCUUGGUCGACAAAGAGACAACCUACCUUGUCUCGGUCUAGCGCCGAAGCUGAAUAUAGGGGGGUUGCUAAUGUUGUCUCCGAGUCCUGCUGGAUUCGAAACCUUCUCCUUGAACUACAUUGUCCGGUUCGUAAGGCUACAUUGGUUUAUUGUGAAAAUGUGAGUGCUAUUUACCUCUCUGGUAAUCCCGUGCAACAUCAACGCACUAAGCAUUUUGAGAUGGACAUUCACUUCGUUCGAGAGAAAGUUGCCCGGGGUCAAGUUCGUGUCUUACAUGUUUCGUCCCGCUACCAGAUUGCGGAUAUAUUUACUAAGGGUCUUCCCCUAGUACUGUUUGAGGAUUUUCGGGACAGUCUCAGCGUUCGUCUACCUCCCGCUUCGACUGUGGGGGUGUAA